AUUUGGACCAAUCGGAACAAACCACGAAAAGAGACGAAGCAAAGAUGGAUUGUGGCCCUGUCAAAUAAUUAGUUAAAACUCGAAACUGUAGUGCUUUAAUUCGUAAUUAGGUCUGAAUAAAUACAAUUUUUAACUACAACAAUGGACUGCCUAUCAAAUAUUAACUGGAACAAAGUCACACCAUGCCUAGUGUUAUUAGUAUUAGAAGUUUUAUUAGAGUUUUCAGAUUGCUCGUCCCAGGCGGAGGUGAACAAGCACCUGGAGCUGGGGCGCGACUUCCUGGCGCGCGGGCAGCUGUCGGACGCGCUCACACACUAUCAUGCAGCUGUUGAGGGAGAUCCACACAACUACCUCACAUACUUUAAGAGAGGCACCGUGUACUAUGCUCUCGGAAAAGCAAAGUUUGCAUUGCAAGACUUCACUAAGGUGCUAGAGAUGAAAGCGGAUUUCACAGCGGCGCGGCUGCAUCGCGCCAACGUCUAUCUGAAGCUAGCACAGUACUGGGAGGCCAAAGAAGACUAUCUACAAGUUACAUACGAGGAGCCGUAUAAUGAGGAGGCCGCGAACAUGUACCACCGCGUGGACGAGCUGGCGGAGGACCUGCGACUAGCGGAGGCCUACUACCGCGGCCGCGACUACCGAGCGGCCGCCGACCUCGCCACGAGGCUGCUCGAAGUGUCGCCCUGGUCCGCGCAGCUGAGGCAGCUGAGGGCCGAGUGCUAUAUCGCGCUGAACGACCUAUUUUCGGCGGUGUCCGACAUCCGGUCGGUAAACCGGCUGCAGCAGGACUCCACAGCCGGCUACUAUCGUCUGGCUACCCUCCUCUACCAGUUGGGACAUGUCAGCGAUGCACUUAAGGAAAUCCGAGAGUGUCUGAAACUGGACCCAGAACAUAAGCAGUGCUUCCCGCUGUACAAGAAGCUGAAGAAAGUGGACAAGCUCUUGCUGGACUGCGAAGAGAGCAGUGCGGCGCGCGACUACGUCGGCUGUAUAGACAGUGCCAACAAGGUGCUGAAGAUUGAGGACGAAGUGACGCUGGUCGUGUUCGAGGCCAGGAAGUGGCUGUGCAGCUGCAACGCUAAGGAGGAGCUGUACACGGAGGCGCUGUCGCAGUGCGCGCAGGCGCUGGAGCUGCAGAAGGAGCCCGCCGUGCUGUGCGACCGCGCGGACGCCUUGCUGGGGCUAGAGAUGUAUGACGACGCGAUCCGCACGUACAAGGACGCGUUAGAGCUGGACGAGGGCUUCCAGCGCGCGAAGGACGGCCUCAGCCGCGCGCAGAAACUGCAGAAGCAGUCCGAGCAGAGAGACUACUACAAGAUAUUAGGUGUUAAGAGAACCGCCAACAAGCAAGAAAUAAUCAAGGCGUACCGCAAGGCGGCGCAGAAGUGGCACCCCGAUAACUUUCAGGGCGAUGAGAAGAAAAUCGCGGAGAAGAAGUUUAUUGACGUCGCCGCCGCCAAGGAGGUACUAACGGACCCAGAGAAGCGCGCGCAGUUCGACGCGGGCACCGACCCCCUGGACCCCGAGUCCAACCGCGGCGGCGGCGGCUUCCACGGCAACCCCUUCCACCACUUCCAGCACGGCUCGCCCUUCCAGUUCAAGUUCCACUUCAACUAGCGCACGUGCGUUCCUCGUGAGGGUCGCGACCCCUACCACACGUCGCAUACUGGUAGGGGUUUGCUUAGACACAAAUGCUGCACCCUAUCUCACUAGGACACCAGUGGUGGCGCUACCAACCAAAUGUAAAAUGCAUACAUUUUGCGAACUCACUCGCCAUAUUUCAAUCCUACUUCUAACUUCAAGUUCUAUAAUAGUUUUCAGGCAUUUUUUUUUCUAUGUGUCAACUGAACUGACACAUAGAACAAAUAAAAUGAUGAAUGAGUUCUCAAAAUGUAAAUGUUCACUAUAUACAGCUCUGUUGAGUUAUGUACCUCACCUGCGGGGUGAUUGGCUCGGAGACUAUCAUUCAGCUCCGAGGUCAUAUGACAUUUCUUUUUAAUUUAUUGAAGGUUUUGUACUAAAAAUUAUUUAUUUUACUAUCACUCAGUGAAACAGCAAUGCAGAACCAACCAAUGUCAAAUGAGCUUGGUGGCUAUAUCAAAAUCAAAAUACAUCAAUGUUGAACGCAAAGUUAGGGAACUUUGGUGUCCGCUUGGUUGCAACCAAUUUGUUGGUAGCGCGACCUGGUUGCGCCACCACUGCAGUUUACUGACAUCGGGUGCUUUCGUGUAGCAUAAUAAAGUGUAAAUAUUGUACAGAAACUUUUACACGGAAUUAUUAAGGACUGAAAAAGGUCUUAGUUAGCAAUCCCACCCGCUGGACUAUGGUCGUACGUCAAAGCACAAGCUAAGGCCAUCAAAUUUUAUGAGGCCAAGUCCAAUCGCUGUGAAGAAAAAAAGUAAGCGUGGUAAAUAGAAAAAUUGUGCAUAUUAGAAUUGAACUUCUCUUCUACUUCAUUGCGAAUUCAUCUCAAACAUAUCGAAGUAUAAUAUACAUAUUCUGCGCUCUUAGAACAUAAUUACCGUAUAAAAAACCGGCCAAGUUCGACUCGUACGCACACGAAGGGUUCCGUAUACAAGAUUUUUUUUUUAAUUCGCAUGGUGGCCAUUAUCAAGUUUUCAUUAUUUGUUGUUGUAAUGGCAUUAGCCAUACACACGAAAAUUUUAUCUUGAUACCUAUUACGGUUCAAGAGAUACAGCCCGUUGACAGACAGAGGAACGGACAGACGGCCAGCGGAGGCUAGGCAAUAGGGUCCUGUUGGCGUCUCUCGGGUACGGAACCCUGGAAAAGUGAAAUAUAAAUGAAACUUAGCACUGUACUUUAAACAACACGGAAUUAAAAUAAUUCAAAUAUAUUAUAUUAACGUAACAAAAUCGUUGCUUGCUGUGCAAGUUGCCAUAAUAACAAUUUUAUUCAACUUUCGGAAUGUUUAAUUAUUUAUUAACUAAUAAUAAUUAAAUAUAUUUUUCAUAAUAUUGCUCCUCUAAUCUAAGUACAAAAUACGGCGUUUUUUUUUUGUUUUAAAUUAUAAGAUAACACAGACAAUAUAAUUACAAUAAGAGUAGGAAUGACUACUUCGCCUUCCUAUCCGGGAAGGCGGACCUGCACGCCUGAGAUUGCCUGCCUGUGGACGUCCACAGUUGGACAUAGGCCUUCCCUAUAGAGCGCCACCACACCCGGUCCUCAGCCUUCCUCAUCCAGCCACUUCCCGCCAGUCGCUUUAUAUCGUCAGUCCAUCAUGCUGAAGGGAGUCCCACACUAAGCUUUCUUAUACGCGGUCUCCACUCAAAGACUUUCCGACUCCAACGACCAUCGCCUCUACGACAGGCAUGGCCUGUCCACUUCAGCUUGCUAAUAGUUUGGGCUAAAAUGUAUGAAGUCUGACAAUCCGCCCUUGGCCAGCGUGGUAGAAAUAUUAUGGUCAAACCCUUCUCAAUCUGAGAGGUGAGUGAUGAGCCAGAGGUGGGUGAAUGGUGGGGGAAUGAUCGAUGAUAGUGACUAUCAAAAUCGAUUGAAAUCGAAAGAAUUAUUAAAAUAUAUUUACAUUCACAAUAUGGCAUUCCUAUUCUUAUUUUGAUCAUUUAACUAAGAUUUUUAAUUUCCAUUUAAACGAAAUACUUUAGCUUUACAAUAAUAAUGUAAUUCCGUCACAAUGUUCCAAUUAAUUGUAUAAAUUGUAAAUGAAUUAAACUAGAGGUUUUAUACAACCCAUAGCAUGUAGUAUAUUACGUUAUUCGCUUUACAAAUGUUGCCAGUUACAAAUCACGGAUUGCUAGUCUUACCACAACAUAAUAAUUCAGUUAUGUGUUAAUAUUUAUAUUUAUUGCAGAGUUUAUACGAAUCAUUUGCUCUAAAAAGAUAUUAAACCAAAAAUAUUGGUCCUACUAAAUACACGCAAUAUCUUUGAUACAAACUUAAAAGGAAUUUUAACCAAUUUCAACUGUGUUAAUAGUAGUAUUGUACUUAGUGACCGUAGUAAUUUUCAAAAAGCCCAUAUGAUUUUUGACAAAUAAGAACUUUACGAAUGUUAGCUCGCGGUAUGAACGUCGUCGUUACGUGGUUUUGUGAAAAGCGACAUCGGUCACCUUUUAAGUCGGCUAAAAAAAUAUUGUUAUUAAUUUUACAAUUUUGUUGAAUGCAGUUGAAAUCGGUUGAACUUAUUCUAUCAACAAUAUUAUUCAUAAUUUGGAAGUUAUUAAUAAUACUUCAUAAUUUAACUUGCUUAUUUUUCCUACCUAUGAGUUUGUCCAACUUAAUAGACUGCGAAUGUAGGUUAGAUUGAAUGGUACUGCAUUUCUUUUGCUUGGAUUUUGAGAAGUUUAUUUAUUACAAUUUGUGAAAUCUUGGUUACAAUUUUCUGUACCUAUUUUACAGAAAUAUUGUAAUUUGUAAAUAUAAUAAUUAAGUCCGUAACUGACUGUUGUUAUGGGCACAAUCUCAAAUAUUAGGCAAAU